AUGGUCGCGCCGACUCAGUUUCCAGCAGAGAUUGUGCGGCGCGUAUGCGAGCUUGUGUACUUGGGAUGCGUUCCACUGUGCUCGCUACGCACCCUGGACCCUGAAGGUCUUCCCUCUGCAGCGUACGAUGGACAGUUGUCGUCGCAAUCCGUCGAAGAGACGCGGCGCUUGCUGUAUGCGCUAUGUCUUGUGAAUCGUACAUUUUAUCGGUAUGCACAGCCACUCUUAUUUCGUCGCGUGCAGGUUACGCUUCCGUAUCGAUUUAUGCUGCUUCUUCAAGAGGCCGAGCGUGAUGCUCUCUCUGCAGCUUUGGGCAAGAUUCGCUUGCUUGAUUUUGCAACGUUUCGAGCGCUCGGGCUGCGACGUACGGUGGGCGAGAGCAGCGAGCGCCGGUUUGUGACGGAUGUGCGUCUUCAAACACUAAUUCGUGCAUGCCACGGGCUCGUCGCCUUUGGCGCGAGCGAGACAAUGGACAGUGCCCUGUCUCUUUCCGUGUUGGAGGAACUGAUUCUCCACGGCGGCGCGCGCAGUUGCCCAGGGCGUAUGCGUGGCGUGAGUACCGAUCGUGGUCGUGCCACAGAUGAACACAAUGCAUUACAGAGCCUUGAUCUGUGCGGCUGCGUAAGCCCACGAUUCGUGCAGGCAAUCACCGAGUUUGUGCGAAAACAUUUGACCUACCCCACCCAUCGGGCGCGCAGCUCUAUGUACGACCACCCAGAGAACGACAUAGCUGAAGGCAGUGAUGAGGAGCGUGUGACUGCCGACGGCGAGCCUUCGCCGCUGUCACAUGUGCGAAUUGGGCGCCGCCAUGGCCUGCUCACCUUCCCCUGCCUCCAGCGACUUGGCAUGGCCGGCGUUUCGCUGCAUCACGACAUUCUUACUGCAUUUGUGCUGGCGUUUCCGAAUCUCACACACCUCGAUCUAUCGCGCACCAAGGCCAAUGCGUCGCUGUUGCAGGCGCUGGGCAACUCCAACGUCUGUUUAGAGAGCUUGUCGCUGUCGCGCUGCUCAGCGCUCACCUCGGAAAGCAUCGUCAAUCUACUCACGAACUCGCCCACGACCGUCAAUCUUGUCGAGCUCACGCUGCAAGGAACUCUGCUGUUCCCCAGCCCCCUCUCUCCAGACGACCUGCGCCAAAUUUUACUGCGCGCGCCUUGUAUCCAAGGGGGGGCGCUCCGGUACCUUGAUUUAGGCGGCUGCCCACUCUCCGACGAGGAGCUCGAAACAAUUCCCCCUCAGCCUGCGCUCCUAGAUCUGGGCCUUGGGUCUAUCCCCGGCAUUUCCUUGGUCGGCGUGAGCAAUUUGCUUCAAAUGCGUGCUCCCAACGUCCAGAUCCUCGAUCUGGCGCACAGUGCGGGUGCGACACUUUCCGCAGGCUAUAUCCAUGCCGUCAAUUUAUAUCAUGAUCUGCUACGCCCAUGCACGCAACCCCCCCAAACCGUCAUUAUAUCCCAGCAAUUGCGCACGCUCGGACUCAAGAAAGAUUCGCCGUACCACGAAGAGGAGGAGACUUGGCAGGCGCCCACAAACUUGCGUGUUGUAGAGCUCGCCUCGGCAUCGUUGCGUACGGUGCGUGGAGGUGUGAGUACGUGGAAGGUAAUCCUUGGCGCGGGGCGUCGCGGCUGGGUCGUCGACGUCGCUGCUGGCCCAAACCCAAACGCUGUAAAUAUCCUGGUCGAGCCUCCAGAAGUCGAGGAGCGCGGGCGAGGGCGAUCGAGUCAGCGCGAGCUACCCGAGAAGCAGAAUACACUGAUGAGCGGGUCGCCUGCACCGACCUUCAACCACGAUUCCAAUCAAGGACGCGAUACGCAUCCUCCUGCUUCUUUACACGCAAAACUGCACCAUGGACUAGCACGCCACGCCACACAACGUGGGAUGGAGCGCCACCGCCUUGCAAUCCAUGCCGACCGACUGAGUCGCUCGCGUUCCCUGACCAUGUCUGCACCGCUCUUUGACGAAGCCGAGGAGCCUCUGACGGGAAAAGGCGAGCAAACGCCACAACUGGACCAUGUCCAAGUCCUGUCGCAAGUCUUACGCGAUCUCCCUCUGGAUCAUCCGAGACGCACCGCGCUCGAACACUUGUCCCGUUUGAAUGGCAGUGUCGGCGGCAGUAUUGGAUGGCACAGUCACAAGAUGGAGGUACUGAUGGGCUACGGGCUCUUGGGCCAUGAAAUUGGCAAUUACGCGUGGCUAGCGUACCAGGGAGGAUAA